AGGACCUACGGUGGCCGUGCGAGGUAAAAAGCGCGCAGGCAGCCCGUUCGGAGGGGCUGUAGUAAUGGAGGGGGUCACAGUCGGCCAGGUAUUUGACGCGGAAUGCAUCCUCAGCAAACGGCCGAGAAAGGGCAAGUUUGAGUAUCUGGUGAAGUGGAGAGGGUGGUCGUCCAAGCACAACAGUUGGGAGCCAGAAGAAAAUAUUCUGGACCCGAGGCUCCUGGCGGCGUUUCACAAGAGAGAACAAGAGCGGGAGCUUCUGUUCCAGAAGAAAGGAAAGAGGCCGAGAGGACGUCCGCGGAAGAUUCUGCCGCCUGAGCCAGCUGCUAUAAAAGACAGCCGCUCCUCAUCCUCUUCUUCCUCUGUUCUUUCAUCAUCGGCCUCCUCGUCUUCCUCAGAGGAUGAAGAGCACACAAAGAAGGCGAAGCCCGGCCCUCGUGUCCACCCGGCCCCCCAGAAGAGGCCUCAGAUCAUGCUGGCCCAAGCAGAUCCUCCACACAAGAAGAAGCGCGGGAGGAAGCCGCUCCACCCCGACCUGAGGGCUUUAAGACAAGCAAAGGGCAGACCGCUGGCGCCACCGCCGCUGCCGCCGCCUCCAACGGCUCCUCCACGUCACCACCAGGUGGUCAGAGCGCCCAGGGAGGAGCCUCGACCCGGGGUGAAGAAACCUCUGCAGCCGGCCAGCUUCACCUACACCGGGCUGAGCAGGAGCUCCAGAGAAGAGGCCGCCUCCGCCUCGCACACCUCCCCCAGCUCCUUCUCCCAGACAGCCGCCUCCAAACCCGGGUCCCUCAGCUGCAUGUGGACCAGUCGCUCCAUGUCUCCGUCCUCCGGCUCCUCCUCCUACAACAGAAGCAGCCCGUCCCCCCAAAGUAAGAACUCUCUGUCCGAGCUGAAGCGCUCCAUCUCAGAAACGGGCAGCAGCAGAGCAGACGGCUUCAAGGCGUCUGCUCUGAAACAGGGUGGAGGUUCGGGGUCGUUGGGUUUACACAGCAGCUUCACGGGAGGCCAGGCGGUCCAGCGCUCCCCGCUGGGCCAGAGGAGGCAGGAGGGCGUCGGAGGUCAGACCGGGGUGGUCCAGCACAAGCAGCACUCCAGCCUUUCCAAACAGUCGUCCUCGCAGACGCCUCGGGACCGAGCCAACCAGGCGCUCAGCCUGCGAGCGCUCAACCUGCAGAGCGUCAGCAAGCCUCCGGCGGGCAGCAGCCUUCAGGGAAACAGCAUGAGCGGCGGCGGAGCCGCGGCGUCCAGGUCCAGCUUAAGGAGUGGCGGCGGCAUUGUUGUGAAAGGAGGUGUGGCGAGUAUGAAAGAGAUUCGAACCUCAGCCGGCGGGCAGCGCUCUGCUGUGGCAGCGGGCGGCGGCGCCGAGCAGGGGAGGUUACGGCAGGACAGGGGGAAGGAAGCAUUGGCAGAGACUAAGAAGCUGGCGGGAAGCGGCUCCGGCCGAGGGAACGGCGGCGGGAGGCACGAGGACAGGAAGCACGGGCUCAGCUCUCAGAACCGGAGUCUGAACGAGCUCAGCACCGGCGACUCCGACGAGACCAGCAGCAGCGAAUCGGAGCACGGCGCCUCCCUGUAUCCAAACAACAGCAGGCCCAGCCUCGGCAACACAGAGUCUGACACGGAAACGGACUGGCGGCCGGCCCGGAGCCUCCUGGAGCACGUGUUCGUCACCGACGUCACGGCCAACUUCAUCACGGUGACGGUGAAGGAGUCGCCGACCAGCGUGGGAUUCUUCAAUUCACGGAAUCACUGAAGGACGUCAGCGAUGGUGCCUCAGUCUGCAGAGCUGAGCGGACCGGACUGUCUAACCACGCCUCCUACAGCGGCGCUCAGGGUUCCUGCACCGCUCCGAGAUUUCACUCUUUCAGCUCUUCAUAGAAAUGCACAAGUUAGGGAAACUCAUCGCGUCCAAACAGACGAUACAGCUUCUGUGGUUUCAUCAACCCGGCGAUGUUACAUAAAGUAGGAGAAGACAAACACACAGAGGAGUGGGAACCCUGACGUUUAGACGCCGUUUACACCUGACAUUAAAACGCAGUCUGUGUCCGGAGAAGGAAAAGUUCAAGGCCUGUUAGAUUAAACGUCUGGGGUGGAGGUCAUGGUGCUGAAUGGAAUCCAAGCUUCAGGUCAGAUCUGUCAAAUUGUUCCCCCUUCCAUCUCAAAACAGUGGCGGUAAACGUAUGUUGGUUUGUGGUACUGAACCUAAAAUUUAUACCAGACAUAAAGUCCACGUUGCUCAGAAUA